CACUGCGCAUUGGGCUCCUACCUCAAGGACCAGGCAGUGGCGGCAUCCAGCACUCGGGAGCGCCAACAUGUAUAUCGACAUAGUCGACCUGGAUUCGGGCCGCAUCGUGCAAAACCACUCCCUCGCCCUAAUCGAGUCUCAAUCCCAGAUGCUCGUCUACCCUGGAGGCUCCUUAUAUCCCGUCUUCAUAGGUUGUCUUAGCGUUGGCUCACCCGACCCUCAACAAGUCUUCGCUAGCGGCGUAAUGGAUAGGCCAAGCGUCAACGCGAGUAAGCAUCUCAGGUUAAAUGAGUAUUAGUUGCCCUUUCGGUUAAGCCCACCGGGCGGAAUAAAUUGUUUGUG